GGUGGACAUGAGCUCUCGGCAACCACUGACUCGCUAAGGUUUAUAUUUUUACUUUUCCCAAACAAACUCCGCCUUCGAGAACACCCCGCAAAGCAAGCGAGCCCCCGGUAGACUCGUAUCGCAGGCUCUAGAGUUUAGUGUUCGAGCCAGGCGAGUUUUUAUCCCUCUUGCUUUCUUCGGUAAUCGGAAAUGACUGGAAGAAUUGUUGUUCGUGCAAAAUCCAGCUUCAACCACUAAAAACUAAGCUAGCAGAUACAAGCGACAUUCGUGUGGGAGUAAAUUUGCAUGGAAAUUUGAAAUUCGUGGCUUAGUUUCCGGUGAUUUUUCGAAAAAAAUCUGAGAGCGAUGGGGGCUGUUUGACAUUAUUCUUAUAAAGCUGUGUUGACGAAAGGAGAAAAGACGGGAAUUACCAAGGCAGAAGAUGAACCAUCGUUGUCAUCCUCGACUACAACACUCGCCGCUAAAAGCGAACUAGCUGUGAGAUGUGGCGAAAAGAAAAACCGAUAUUAUUGCCAAGAAAUGCCGAAAUCGUUCCUGAUCAAAAAAAAGUCCAAGGAAUAUGCAAAUUUUUCUCCGGUUGUCGCAACAGUUCAUAACAAGGAGAAAACACGAAAGCAUGCCUCAAGGGAGGGGGACUCGUCUUCGACGCUAGAAAUCUCUCAGUCGAGCAACCAAGCUCAACCUAAAGUUCAAUCUACAAACGAAUACCAAGAAAAUGAUUGCGAAGAAAUCAAAAGUGAGAGCAGCAGCAACGAAGAGUUGGAUGAAAAUGGGAACAAAGUUGACACCUUGAAACCGGUUUGUGUCGAUGGUCGUACCAAGAGUAAUGGAUGCAACGAGAACAAAAGUAGAUAUGUUUGUGCCGAAUGUGGAAAAUCCUACGCUACAUCUUCUAAUCUUUCUCGCCAUAAACAAACUCAUCGGAGUUUGGAUGGCAAGCUUGCUAGAAGAUGUCACCAUUGCGGGAAGGCUUACGUUUCAAUGCCAGCUCUAGCGAUGCAUCUACUAACGCAUAAACUGCUCCACAAGUGUGAUGUGUGCGGGAAGUCUUUUAGUAGACCAUGGUUGCUUCAAGGGCAUAUGCGCUCCCAUACCGGAGAAAGACCCUACGUUUGUCAAGAGUGCAACAAGGCCUUUGCCGAUCGUUCGAACCUCAGGGCUCACCUUCAAACUCAUUCUCCGCUCAAACAGUUCAAAUGCAAUCGAUGCGACCGCACAUUUGCGCUCAAGUCUUAUUUAAACAAGCAUAUGGAAUCAGCGUGUUCAAGAGAGGAAAAAAAUGGAAGUGUUCCCUGAAUCAGGGGUAGAUUGUAUAUAAUGGAAACAUUACUUCACUAUGUGACAACCAGAAAAAAAUAUUCUCAACGAAUCAAAUGAUAGACUAGAAUAUAAAUACACUGUAUAAUACGAUGGUUGGUACAAACCAACAUCUUCCAAGAAUCAGAGGAAUGAAUGACUAGCAUUCAUAAGUUGUACCAGUUAUGCUGAAAAGAUGGUAAAAUCUUCUCUCCCUCGCUGAGCGAGCGAAAAGGAACUAUUAAGGAGAUAUAUUCAGCUUUAAAACCAGUAGAUUAUGGUAAAAUUUUAGUAUACCAUGGUAUUUCAUUACGCCUUAGUAACAUAUGAUCGAUCCUGGUAAAUCUUUCUACGAAAGAAUGGAAUAUUGAAGCUAAAGGAUUGGAAUUAUUUAUAUGAGCUCAAGCAACAAGUUACAGCUUCUGAAUGUAUAUUGUAUAUUUAAGGGUAAAAAUAAGCGCGGUUAGUUUUUCAUUAGGGACCGAAAAUGCUUGGGUUUUUAGGGUAUAAAAUUUUCAAUUUGAAUCUGCUGGUCGGUUUGCUGUUCGCACGAUUUUACAUCAUCAUUUCUAGAUUUAUUCUGUACAAGAAGAAUUUCUUGUUUUUGGUAAUAUUCUCAAACGCCAGAUAAUGCUUGUUUGCGGUUAUCAUACUUCUUCACUCGCUUUCUCAACACUAACAUCUAAAAACAGAAUCUGUUUUUAUUUCAGCUUAUCUAGAACUACUUUUCCAGGGUUUUUAUAAUAUAUAUAAUACUAUAAUAUAUAUUCUGAGCAGAGCUCAUUCUGUAUGUAUAUUUUUAUGUCAUUUAUUUCAAACGCACAGGGAUAAUAUAGUGUAUGUAUCUAUGCUUGUCAUCCAGCUAUCUCUAGCAUCUGGAGGCACAUUUUAAUUGCUAACAAAUUUUAUUCACUUAUAAUGCAGAUAUUUUGGCUGCAAUUUCCUGCUUUUAAUAUUUUUUCAAAAUCUGUAAAGAGGUUUUCAGUUUAUACCUGACCGUCGGAACAGUGUAUACCUAAUAGGUCGCCUAGUUACGUGUAGAAUUUAGUGUACAGAAUCCCAGCUAGCCAGUAAUAUUGUUUCAAAAAUAAAUUAGAUGACCUCGGUAGAUGUUAGACACUCCUUAAUAGAAAGAUAGGUAAACAUUUUUUUAAUGAAUGUGGUUAUAUAGCUUUUCAGUGAUUCUGUCGUAAGAACACAAUGCUCGAAUCUCAUAAAUAUAGCGCAUACACUUGCCAAGCAUGGGAACUAUAUUGUAUGUAUUUUUAAUAUCAUUUAGUUUGAGUUCGGCUCAAUAGUUGCCACUGUCAGUGCUAUGGAUUUGCAUCGCCCGAUGAUUUACCAGGGUCCUUUGCUUGGACUAAAGAUUUUAUCUGUGAACAACCCUGAUGUUUUCAACGAAAUGUAACUAUCAUAUCUAAUCAAUUUAAUCCAAUGUAAAAAAAAAAAAAAAAAAAAAAAARAAUUAAUGAGGUUUGCGUUAAAACUAUAGAAUAUUCUUUCUUUACCUCAAACUCCAUUAUUGCCCAAAUAUUUUGAACGAAACGACCUGUAAUUUAAACAAAUGUAUAGGACCGAACGAAUAUCACCGCAAUCUUAAUUUAUUUUUCGCCAUUGUAUAUAGAGUGCAGCGUAUGACCACUUGUAAAGAACGUAAAAUAUAUAUGCAUAAAAACAUUCGGAAAACAGCUGGAUAAUACAGUUGAAGGGAAAGAGAUCGCCACUGCAUGAAAUAUUACACCAUAGAGGCUAUAAUCUUCUAUGAUUUAACCAAAAAAUGCUUUCUAUAAGCUCAAUGAGACGCAAUAAGAAGGCACUUCAGAAUUCAUCAAGGCUAGGGUCAAAUAAAGAUCAAAUAUGUAAACGAA